ACUAAAUUUCCUCUGGGAUCAAAUAGAAUUUUAUAAGAACAUAAUGGAUGGAGAGGAAAAAAACUACGGUGGCUGUGAAGGACCUGAUGCUAUGUAUGUGAAAUUAAUAUCUUCCGAUGGUCAUGAAUUCAUUGUAAAACGAGAACAUGCAUUAACAUCAGGAACAAUAAAGGCCAUGUUGAGUGGUCCAGGUCAGUUUGCCGAGAAUGAAACCAACGAGGUCAAUUUUAGAGAGAUCCCUUCACAUGUGCUAUCGAAAGUGUGCAUGUAUUUCACCUACAAGGUCCGCUAUACUAACAGCUCCACUGAAGUUCCUGAAUUCCCAAUUGCACCUGAAAUUGCACUGGAACUGCUGAUGGCUGCGAACUUCCUAGAUUGUUAAAUAAAAUAAAUUAUAAUAAACUGUUAAUUUUUUUCAGUAUUUAAUACCUGUAGUUCAGUUAGUAAUUUUUUCACAUAGCAUGUUGCCUGUAUGAAAUUGAACUCUAAAGUUAAUUGCUGAGCAGAUUCAUUCUGUCAUUUGCAUAGCAGAGUUGAAAUUUGUUUGCUAC